AUGUCUCGACGAUAUCCCACCGCUGAGCUCUACGAAGAGCGUCAGAAGGACUUCUACCGCGACAGUCAUGGUGGUCGCUCCCAGCGUAGCUACGACGAGCUUGAUGUCGAGCUUCGCGAGUCCUCCCGUCGAGACUAUGGUGGUGAUCCUCGACGCAGCCAGCCUGACUUCCUCCGUGAAGACUACGGCCGCACGACAGCAGGCCCCUUGACCAUUCGCAAGAGCCACACCGAGGACUUUGAUGCACGCUCGAGAGCUUCCUCAGCCAAGCCUCGUCCGCGCGAACACGACGUGGACCGCGAGGAGAUAAUCAUCCGCAAUGAACGCCGGCCCAGUGGUCGUGAGCGUGGCCCUCCCCCGCCGCGAGAGACUGACGUAGAGCGAGAAGAGAUCGUAUUUCGAGAGAGGCGGGGGCCUCCCCCACCGCGUGAGGUACCGCGUGAGGUCGAAAGAGACGAGAUCAUAUACAGACGUCGGGAAGAGGAUGUUGAGAGCAGAGCUACCUCACGUCGUCCUCCACCUCCACCACCCGCAGAGGAAGAUACUCGAAGCGUCAAGACCAACCGCUCCAAGACCACUCGUGGCCGUGACGUAGACAAGGAAGAGAUCACGAUACGACGGACCGAGUCACGCGGACCACCACGAGAGUCUGUCCGCGAGUCGAUUCGUGAGGAGGAACGAGAGGAGAUCCGAUUCAGGACCGGAAAUGGGCCGCGUGGUCCUCCAGGCCCUCCUCCGUCGCAUCGUGGAGGCGAUGUCGACAAGGAAGAAAUCAUUUUCAGACAUGAAGAGCGGGAAUCGGGUCCACCGUCGAGGCCCCGUGAGGUCGACAGAGACGAGAUCAUCUUCAGGCAUGAGGAGCGAAGCUCGAGUCCACCACCACCACCAAAGUCCGCCAGAUCCACCAGAUCUCGUGCUCCCGAGAGAGAAGAGAUCAUCUUUCGCGACGAGCAUAGCAGAGGCCCAAGAGGUCGCGAUGUUCAUGAGGACACGAUUGUCAUUCGUCCGCGAGAGCGUAGCUUGCCGCCUCCGCGUCUUGUAGCCCGUGAACGUGAAGACUUUGUAUACCGACGCCGCGAGCAGCGACCUCCAUCGCCCCCAUCGCCACCUCCACCACCUCAGGUCGAGAAGCAAGAGAUCAUCAUUCGUCGUACCGAGCGUUCGCCUAGUUCCUCGCCAUCUAGAUCACCAUCUCCUCCUCCUCCUCCGCCGGAGCCACAGCCCAUCAUGAGACCUCCCAUUAUCCAGGAGAUCAUCACCCAUCACCGACACAUUGACCAUGGUGUUGAGCGCGCGCGCCCUUUGACUCCCCCACCACCACCCCCUGAGCCCCCCAAGGAUGACGACUUUGAGCUCUCAAUCCAUCGACGCCACACUUCUGGUGGAAAGUCCUACGACGAGGACAUCACCUUUGAGUCCAGUCGAGAGAAAGAACCGGAACGCUCCAAAAAGAAAGACAGGAAGAGAGCGCGCUCCGUGCGCGAAGAUAGGUCUGAGAUUGAGAAGAUUGAAAUCAAGGAUAACAAGGACGACUCUAGUGGUGAUGAAAAGGGUUUUGAGCUUUCCAUCACUCGCCAUCGUUCUCAGAGCGCUGCACCACGCGAGCGCGAUCGUGAAGUCGCUCAUCGACGCCCACAGCCUCACUAUGAGGACGAUAUUCAAGCCGAGGCUGACUAUUACAACCGUAAAGCACUUGAUCGCGGCUACCCUGGUGAAGCCUACAACGGUGCCACUAAAGAUUGGGGACUGGUCGAUGUUCCUCCUGGCACCAGACGUGUACGUCUGGACGGCCAAGGAGGCGCUGGACAAGAAAUCAGCUGGGAACGAUAUAGCGGUAACCGCCGGUCGAAAUUCAUCACUGAUGACGGCGAAUAUGCGACCGAUUUCGGGUCAAGUCGUAGCAGUCAGAAGGCUAUCGCGCCUCCACACCCUCCGAAACCCAAAGAGGACAUGUGGACAGAAGUGACCAAAGAUCUAGUGCUUGAGGAUGCAAUCAAGACAAUGGGAUAUGAAUACGAAGAGACAGACUCCUUCUUCUACGUAAUGGAAUACCUUCGCUACGAGGACGUUCUCCAGCUUGUCGAACUAUCAGACGAUAUCCGCCGCGAUCGUCGCUCGCGCAUCAAGGAGAUUCAGUGGGAACGUGAGGAGAUUCGGCAUCCUGCACCUCGGUCCAGCUACGACGAGUUCGUCUUUGAGCGCGAAGUCAUCCACGACCAUCGCGGCAAACGAUACAGGUAG